AUGAACGAUUACAGCAGGGACGUUGAACUGGGCCAGGAGCAAUAUGCCCUCCAAGACCGAAGUAAUAUGAGUGCAGUACUCAGAAAGCGUCGCAAAGUCAACCAGGAGCUUCAACACAUUGCCCAGAAGCGGGGGCAACUUCAUCCUGCCCAACAAGCUCUCCUGGACUCGACGACUUCACAACAAGAUUAUGACGCUGGAGUUCGUAUUGGUUCGAUCAAGGAAGAAAUCGCGGGCUCCUUUCAGCGAGUUCGCGGUAUUGUUGCUGAGCUCAAGCGGGAUGCGGACAUGACCAAUCCACGCAUCCAGGAGCAGGUGCAACUUACAAGUGAAAAUGUCCAGCGGCAAAUUCAAGCAUACAUCCAAGCCCAGAGGGAUUUCGAAGACAAGCUUCGGUCGCAGGUGCGACGGCGGUAUGAGAUUGCACAUCAAGAUGCGACGCCUGAGGAAGUGACCGCUGGUGUGGAGAAUAUCAUUCACGGCGGGGAGCAGGCAUUCAAGGUCCAUGGAAUGCGAACUGCCCAGGCGACCGAGAUCCAAAACGCGGUUUCGCAACGAUCCGCCGCUAUUCGCAAGAUCGAGCAAGACUUGCUCACCCUCAGUGAAAUGUACCAUGAUGUUGGGGCUCUGGUUGAACAACAGGCUCGUCCCGUGCAAAACAUCGAGCAAAAGGCCGAUAUCACGUACCAGAACAACAAAAAAGCCAACGAGCAUUUGAGCAAGGCAAUCAUCAGUUUGCGCAACGCGAAUAAAUACAAGUGGUGGAUCUUGCUUGUGUGCAUUCUGAUUGUUGCAAUCAUCGUGGCCGCAUACUUUGGAGCGCUCUGCAGCACUGGGCACUGCCCAGGUCAAUGA